AGCUUGCGGGCUCAAGUUGGCUUUCAAUGUCAUCCUGGGAUUUUGAUGAGCUCGACGAGCUGGAGAACGUGAAGAAGGGCUUUCCGGAUGCCAGCUGCGACGAGGUGACGGACGUCACCGUGCCGCUGGACCAUCGCUUAAGAAUAUUCCUAGUUUCGGACCUCCAUGUGGACUACAAGCAGAAUAAGGAGUGGGUGCAACAGUGUAUAGACAACCUUUCUCAUGAGCAUGGUGGUGUGAACUACUAUGACUGCCUCCUUCUUCCGGGCGACCUAUGCACAGGUGCAGGCCUCUUCGAGGAGGUGAUGCGCAAACUGACCCAGGCAUUUCACCUGGUGUGCUUCUGCUUCGGAAACCAUGAAGUUUGGACUCGGGAGAAUGAAGCUGCCAAAGACUCGCUUGCGAAGCUCGAGCAGAUCCACCGGCUUUGCAAGGAGCUUCACGUUUAUACCAGCCCUGUGCGGAUCAAGAGUGCCGAGGAAACCAUCAUUUUGCUUCCCCUGUGGUCCUGGUACCACUCCAGCUGGGACAGGGAGCCGGAUCUGCCGGUGGAGUUGCAACCGCCCAUGGACCCCCAGCAGCGCAUCAGCGACUUCCGUCUCUGCAAGUGGGGGGACUUGGAGGGCGCCCCAGGCUUCACCUUCGGCCCCAAAGGCAUCACCUCGCCCCACCUGGCGGAGCACUUCGCGGCCCGGAACGAGGCCUGGAUCCAGGCGGUGCUGGAGCUGCAGGCGGAGGAGGGCGGAGAGAUCUUGAGCUAUUCCCACUUCUGCCCAAGGCAAGAGCUGAUCCUAGAGAAGCGCUUCACAUACGACCAGCAUGUGCCCAAGAUCUCAGGCUCGGACCUGUUGGAGGAGCAGAUCCGGCGGAUAAAGCCCACUUGCCACGCUUUUGGGCAUACACACGUGGGCUGGGAUACGGUUCUGGAGGGGAUCAGGUAUGUUCACUGGCCGCUGGGCAAUGUCAAGGAGCAGAAGGGCCAGACCAUGAUGCAGAAUCUGGGCGGGUUUUUGUUGCUCUACGACUCUGCCUGGGCACCCAUCCAAUUCACCCACUGGGCCUACUUCUAUGACUACAUGGAGCCCAGACAGCCGGGCUCCACUGCCCUGGCUCCCUGGGUGAGCUAUGGCUAUGUGGCCAUGUACCCAGAGAUGCAAUCGGCCCUGGCAAAAUGCAAGCUGUUGAGCGAGAAGGUGGACGGGCCUGAUGGCAUGUCCCCCUUCUUCCCCGGGGGGGCGCUGAACAACAACUCCACCUGGUGGAAACGCCAUGGCUCCGCCAACGUGCGCUGGCGCCUCCCGCCCAAGCAUUUGAGCCUGGAGGCAUUCCCUUGCGAGUAUGCUGACUGUCUUCUUUGCAACUUUGCAAGGGGACAAGGAGGAGGGGGAAAAAGCAAAAGCUCAGCCCUUGCAAUUCGUGGCCAACGCCCCAUGAAGCAUGGCCUGGCCCAUGGCCUCCAUAGAAAAGCCGAUUAA